UCCUCCUCCGCUUCCGUCACCUCCCUUCCAAAAACGACACGCCGUUUUUCACCAUGUCCACGUUGAUCAGGAAGGUCUGGGAAUCCGUCUCCACUUGCAAGACCUCCACCUCGAAGUCCACGCCGUCGUCGUCUUCUUCUUCUUCUUCUCCUUCGGCGGCGUCGUGUUUUCCGCUGGGAGCCUUCGAUCCUAUUCCGACGGAGCUUCUGAGGCAGAUUCUGAGACUGGUGGGGCCCAAGGCAGCUGCGAGGCUUAGCGCGGUGUGCAAGGCGUGGCGGUCACUGGCCGCCGACGAUGAGCUCUGGAUUUUCUUCUGGCAGACUCAGCAGCAGCAGCAAGAACCGCUCUGUGAGAGCAUUUUAUUCUCGGAAACUCAUCUCCGGUCCGGUCACCUCAUCCGACCAUUCUGGGGUGAGGUGCCUCGGUUACGUUUGAUAUCUAUUUAUGGUCAGAGAAUGCAAGUUCCCGGUGCUAUUAUCAUCGAUGGUGGCUCUGGCUACUGCAAAUUUGGUUGGAGCAGAGAUGCUUGUCCAUCUGGGCGGUCAGCAACCUUUUUGGAAUUUGGCAAUAUUGAGUCUCCAAUGUACUCCAGACUUCAGCACUUUUUUGGUAUCAUAUAUAGCAGGAUGCAGGUAAAACCAAAUUCGCAGCCGAUGGUUGUUUCUAUUCCAAUCUGUCAUUAUGAUGAUACUGAAUCUGCCAGAGCAUCACGACAACAGCUCAAAGAAGCCAUACAUAGAGUACUGUUUGACAUGAAUGUCCCUGCUGUCUGUGCAAUUAAUCAGGCAACUUUAGCUUUAUAUGCAGCAAGAAGAAUAUCUGGCAUUGUUGUAAAUAUUGGCUUCCAGGUUACGUCUAUUGUCCCAAUUCUUAAUGGUAAAGUUAUGCGAAAGGUGGGUGUAGAAGUUAUGGGGUUGGGAGCAUUAAAGCUUACGGGGUUCCUCAGGGAGCUGAUGCAGCAGAACAAUAUCAAUUUUGAAUCACUGUCUACCAUCCGGACUAUAAAAGAGAAACUAUGUUAUGUUGCUGCUGAUUAUGAAGCUGAACUGUCUAAAGACACAAAAGCUUCAUUUGGAGCCGGUGGAGACGGUUGGUAUACUCUCUCAAAAGAACGCUUUCAAACAGGAGAGAUUUUAUUCCAGCCACGACUUGCAGGAGUGCGUACCAUGGGAUUGCACCAGGCUGUUGCUCUUUGUAUGGAUCAUUGCCAUUCGGCAGAAUUAACAGGUGAUGAUUCUUGGUUCAAGACGGUAGUCUUGGCGGGAGGCAGUGCAUGUUUACCAGGACUUGCAGGAAGAUUACAGCAGGAAUUACAUGGACUUCUUCCUCCAUCUGUGUCCAAUGGAAUCACUGUCAUCCCCCCGCCAUUUGGUGCAGAUACUGCAUGGUUUGGGGCUAAAUUAAUCAGCAAUUUGAGCACCUUCCCUGGCACUUGGUGCAUUACGAAGAAGCAGUUCCGCCAGAAGUCUAAAGUCAGACUAUGGUGAGUACUUGAGCUGGUUUAGCUAUCUGAAUGCUUCUGUGGCUUGUAACUUUGUUAGUGAUCUGGCCCCUUAAUUUUCUUAUAAAUUCCAACUGAGCUGAGAGGGAUAGAGAUGAACAGGGUGACAUGUGAGACUUGAGAGUUCCAUAUUGUAAACCUCAUUUAUUUAUGAACAGAUCAAGCAAUCUAUAAUGUAAUUAGAUAUAUCCAAUAAAUUGCAAAUACGGUAAGCCUCUAUGUAACGUUGAAUGAUAAAAUGUAAGACG